GAACACAAAGGGAUUUUCCGUUUUUGCGUGACUCCAGUGUAAAAUAGCUAAUUUAUAAAGAAUUAUAAGACCGUUCCAUUGACGAGAGGAAUCUUUUAAGUAACAGGUUCAUCAGAGUGGAGCAUUUGGUGUAUGAGAGGGCACGGAAAAAGUUCAAAUAAUCAGCAUGGUUUCCAUCACGUGCCUAAUGAUCCUGACGUCCGUCGUCACCACUUUGGCGCAGACGGAGCGCUACAUCAGCGGCGACAACAUGGACAUGGAAGCAGCUCUGCAGUUCCUGAUCGAGCAUAACGAGCGAGCGGCGCAGACGUACAACAGAAUGGGCAACGCCAGGUGGAACUACCAAACCAACCUCAAUGAGGAGACCAAGGAAGAGAUGUUGCGGAUGACGGAGGUGAGGGCGGAGUUCGUCAAAGAGGCCUGGAAGAACGCCACCUCUUUCGCGUGGAAGGACUUGUUCGAGGGGGAGCAGCACGAGAUCUUCUACAGGUGGUUCAAGAAGUUGUCCGUUCUGGGCUCACCCGCACUGCCCAAGGAUCGACUAAGCGAGCUAAACAAGCUAAUUGCCGACAUGCAGGAUAUCUACAGCACGGCUAAAGUAUGCGCCUUCGAGUCCACGGACUGCAGCUUAUCUUUAGAUCCAGAUCUAACGGAGCUGCUGCGCGGAUCCCGGAACUUCGACGAAUUGAAGCACGUGUGGUCGCAGUGGAGGGAUAAGACGGGAAAGAAAAUGAAAGGGCACUUUCUCAAGUACGUGCAGCUGACCAACGAAGCGGCCAGGCUCAACGGUUUCUCGGACGCCGGGGACCUGUGGCGGGAAGUUUACGAGAGCGAAACGUUCGUUCGAGAUGUAGAGGCACUAUGGAAAACCAUGGAACCCCUCUACCAACAACUGCAUGCUUACGUGCGCAGGAAGCUCAUCCAGCAGUAUCCGGGACGCGGCAUCAGGGCAGACGGACCCAUACCCGCCCACUUACUUGGCAAUAUGUGGGCCCAGUCUUGGGGUAAUAUAUUUGACUUGGUGAAACCAUACCCGGACAAAGAAUUCAUUGACGUAACCGACAUGAUGCAGGAAAAGAAAAUGACCCCGUUGGACAUGUUCAAGCUGUCAGAGGACUUCUUCAUUUCGCUCGGUCUUCUGCCCAUGACGCCCGAGUUCUGGAACCGGUCAGUCAUCGAGAAACCCAAGGGCAGGGAAAUGGUGUGCCAUGCCUCCGCCUGGAACUUCUUCGACCGCAAAGACUUCAGAAUAAAGAUGUGCACCAAAGUCAACAUGCAAGACCUGAUCACCGUCCAUCAUGAAAUGGGUCACGUGCAGUACUACCAACAAUACGCUAAGCAGCCUGUGAUGUUCCAGAGCGGAGCCAAUCCAGGAUUUCACGAAGCUGUUGGAGAUGUCUUAGCCUUGUCUGUCUCAACAUCCGACCACCUGAGGAAGAUCGGACUCUUGGGGGAUGUCCCUGAUGAUGACGAGGCUGACAUCAACCACCAGAUGAAGACGGCACUCAGCAAGAUUGCGUUCCUCCCCUUCGGCUAUCUGAUCGACUCCUGGCGGUGGAAAGUCUUCAGCGGGGAAAUCCCGGUCGAACGACUCAACUCCGGAUGGUGGGAACACAGGUUAAAAUACCAAGGAUUGUGUCCCCCGGUGAAGAGGACUGACGAAGAUCUGGAUGCGGCGGCAAAAUACCACGUGGCUUCAGAUGUGCCAUACAUUAGGUAUUUCGUGAGCUACGUGAUCCAGUUCCAGUUCCAUAAAGCGCUGUGCAAGGCAGCCGAACACCAGGGACCCCUGCACAAGUGCGACAUCUACCAGAACAAAGCGGCGGGACAGCUGCUGCGGCAAAUGCUGAGACAGGGGAGCUCUGUGGAGUGGAAGGAGGCGAUGCGGAUAGUCACGGACUCCGACCGCAUGGACGCGAAUCCGCUCCUGGAAUACUUCGAACCCCUGCUCCAGUGGCUCCAGAAACAAAACGAGGGAGAAGUGAUCGGAUGGGAGAGCGCCAACCCCAUGGCCUGUCCCUGAAGAAUGUGAAUGAAUGAUGCAAUAAAGUGCUGCGAAAAAUCAGUCGUGGAUUGUUUAACUUU